ACGGAGCUGGUGCUCGACAACUGCCGAUCCAGCAACGGCGAGAUAGAAGGGCUGAACGAUUCCUUCAAAGAGCUGGAGUUCCUGAGCAUGGCCAGCGUGGAGCUGACGUCGCUAGCCAAACUCCCCACGCUGAGCAAGCUCCGAAAGCUGGAAUUGAGCGACAACAUAAUUUCCGGAGGCUUGGAGGUCCUCGCAGAAAGAUGUCCAAAUCUCACGUAUUUAAAUCUAAGUGGCAACAAAAUCAAAGAUCUUGGCACUGUGGAAGCUCUUCAAAAUCUUAAAAACUUGAAGAGCCUCGACCUGUUCAACUGUGAGAUUACAAACCUCGAGGACUACAGAGACAGCAUUUUUGAGCUGCUGCAGCAAAUCACCUACCUAGAUGGGUUUGAUCAGGAAGAUAAUGAAGCACCGGACUCUGAGGAUGAUGAGGGUGAUGAAGAUGAUGACAAUGAAGAUGAGGGUGAAGCUGGUCCACCAGGGGAGUAUGAAGAGGAAGAUGAUGAAGAUGAUGGAGGUUCUGAUUUGGGGGAAGGAGAAGAGGAGGAGGAAGUCGGUCUUUCGUAUCUGAUGAAAGAGGGAAUCCAGGAUGAAGACGACGAUGACGACUACGUUGAAGAAGGAGGUGACGAGGAGGAGGAAGCAGAGGGUAUUCGAGGGGAGAAGAGGAAACGAGACCCUGAAGAUGAAGGCGAGGAAGAGGAUGAUUAAUUUGUUAGAGACACGAGUAGGACCAGACUCUUAAGUUACAGAAUACGCAAUAGUGAUUAUGCAGAUCUGUAUGUCUCCAUGUACCAUAGAUGUCCCUACAGAAGAUAUGUUAACUUUUUAUAGGAAAAGUGUGGUUUUACUAUUCUUGCCCUUUUUAUCAUUCCAAAUAAGAUAUAAUAGCCUGUUAGUGAACCUAUGUGUAGAAAACAGUUUCCAGCCCUAUAAUCACUGAAGCCAUUGUCACUUUUCCCCUAGAAUUUUAUUUGGAGCUCUUUAAUUUUAUACAAGCUUGCUGUGUUGGUCAUCAUUAGCCUGGAGUUACAACAUUCACUUUACAUUGGUUUAGUAUUGUGGAUUUCUUUCAAGAUUUUAAAGUUUUUAUACGGAAAAAGCUCAAGUCAGAAAUGCUAUAUGACAAACUCAAGGCUGCCUCAAAUGAGAAGUUUGGUCAUAGCCUGAGUUUACCAGGGAUUCCAUUUGAAAUCAACAAGUAGAUUAGAUCUUUAUUUCAGCUUUUUAGAAUGUGAUUUCUGUAUUUUUUUGGUCUUCCCUCCCAUUUUGUGUGUUACAUUGCAAAGCUUAAGCAGGUUUCAAAACACUUUUUUUUUCUGCAUGUUCAGAAGUUCAAUGUUUGCUGGAGCAUU